UUGGGGGUGCAGGGUGGGGGGGUAAGGGAUCCUCGUGCCCUCCCCAGACCCCGUUCCCUCUGUGCCAAGCCCUGGGGAGUGGAGCAGCCCCGUGGAUGCUGGAGCUGGCGGAUGGCAUCUGUGGGGUGCAAGGGGUGGCAUCACCCCUUGUUUCCGUGUGGGAACACUUAGGGGGGACUGGGAUGGGGGGCGCAGAGGGGUCCCCGUUGUCCCUUCACAGGGUCCAGCAGCUGAAGCCAGGAGGGCUGAGCUUGUGCUGGGCUUAGGAGGAGAAUGCUCAGCUGUGCCCUGUGCCAGGACCCCAUGUGCCUUACCUGGGACCCCUGUGGUCCCCCCUUGUCGCUGCUGGUCCCCUUAGAUGGGCGCUGGCCUGGGGGUUGGGGGGGUGGGCAGGAAACCCCGUAGGAAGUGACUUCAGCCCCGGUUCCUCGGCCCGGCUUCCUCCCCAUUCUUGUCCUCUCCCGCUGUUGCUCUUGGCAAGGAGGAGCGUGCCCGUCCUCCGGCCCCAUUCCUGGCACAUGGCCAAGCUCGCCGAAAUCCGCCCCGACGCCCCGGCCAUGCACUGCCCCCCCGAUGCCUUCAGCCUCUCCUGGCCCUCAGGUUGUGAUGUCAGCACGGACCGGAGCAGCUCCAUCGGGAGCAUGGAGAGUCUGGAUCAGCCCGGCCACGCUUACUACGAGGGCACCCCGUCACCUGUCGAGCACCACAGCAAGCGGGACUCCGCCUACAGCUCCUUCUCGGCCAGCUCCAACACCUCAGACUGCGCCCUGUCCCUGCGCCCGGAGGACGCCGCUGGCCCUGAGGGUCCCUGCAAGCCCCCCGACCCGCGCUACCUGCAGACAGGCGCUGAAGGAGCAGAAGCGCGGCACGCCGCCCGGCACCCCGUGCCCCCGCAGCCCCCGGUGCGCAGGGACAGCCUGCGGGCAUCCCCAGCCAGCGGCACGGAUCGCCGCCGCGUGUCGGUGCCCGCCGCCCCGCUGCACGCCCAGGGGAGGUGGAUCUCCGACACCUUCCUGUGCCAGCGGGACAAGGACGGCGAGGGGAGCAGCGGGAGGAUGCCGGCACCGUGUCCCCCCAGGGAGCACCUCUCCGCCGAUCAGUACUACAUGCUGAGCUCCCACCCUGACCGCUGCGCUGGGGACGGCGGGGACCGGUCCUACCCGGAGAGCAGCGCGCACCGUGCGCCGGACGCAGGGAUGGAGACAGCGGGGGACACCGCGCUGCUGUCCCCUUUGCAAGGCCACCGUCACAGCGCACCCGAGCAGCUGCUGGCCUCCCAGCUCCGCGCCCUCCAUGUGAGCACUGGCAGCGGGCGGGCAUCCCCUGCAUCCCCAGCACCUGAUAACCACCGCUGGACCACCUCCCCGCUGCACGCCGAGCCCCGCGGGCCAGGAGGGCUCAGCCCCGCGCCCAGCACCGAGGGCCUGGCCGAGGAGCACCGGGCGGGGGGUCGGCGUGGCGGGGGCCCCCCGAACCGCUCCGCUCACUUUCGGCGCCGCAGCGAGCGCUUCGCCACCAACCUGCGUAACGAGAUCCAACGGCGCAAAGCGCAGCUGCAAAAGAGCCGGGGACCCGGAGCGCAACCCCGGGGCGAGGAGCCGGUGGAGGAGGCGGAGGAACCAACCGAGGGCUCGCCCAGCCCCGCACCCAGCCCCGCACCCAGCGAAGAUGGCAGGAGCUGCGCAGGGGACACACUGUCAGGCCCCGAAGCUGAGCGGGUGGCACCCGGCCGGGGACGCUGGCGCUGGUCCCCGGAGCGCAAGCUGCAGCCGCAGCGCUCGCCCAGUCCCCAUGAGCACAAGGGUGCAGAAGAAGCCGUCCUCCUGCCCUUCGCCGACCGCCGCCGAUUCUUCGAGGAGAGCAGCCGCCCCGCGCCCGCCUGGCACGGAAAACCCCAAAAAGCGGCCGAGCCUGAUCCUUUCCCGACUGCUGAGCACCGCGACGCUCGCCGCGUAUCUGGACCCUACAGCGAGUGCUGCCGGGAGCAGCCACCCUACUACAAGGUGCUGCCGAGACACGGCGAGCUGGAGUAUCUGCGGGGCUGCCCCUAUCCCUAUGGGGCUCCCCCUGGGAUGCACGAACCUUGCCGCUACUGCGCCGGGGAGAUGUGCCCGGCGCUGCUGCCCCGCGGCCAUGCCUACCGCUGCCACCCCUGGGCACGCUGCCCCGACUGCUGCUGCAUGCCACGGGACGAGGGCAGCGCCUGGGCAUCCCGAAAGGCCUUUAUGCCGGAAUUUCCCCUGGAGGAGUGGGAGCCACCGGCGAUAAGCAGGAAAACCAGCCAGUCCAUUGGCGAGCUCUCCCACUACAAACCGGGCUUCCAGCGGCUCGGCCCCUUCCGCCCCUGCUUCGAGAGCACCGAGCCCGAGUGGCCGUCCUGCUACCGCACCACGUCCACGCACGACCUGUCCUGGGACAGUGAGCGGCCACCUCGCUCCCCCGAGCCCCCCCCGGAGCCUCUGCAUCGCCCGCUGCGGGGCCGAGCCUUCUCCGAGAGCCACCUCAACUUGGAGCCCUCCAGCCCCCAUGCCCGCAGAGACUUUCUCCGGGUGCAAUCGGAGGCUCCGGGUUUACCCAAAAAAAAGGGUCCCCCGCCCCCCCGCCCGCCGCCCCCCAACUGGGAGCAGUACAGGUUGCGCCGAGCAUCACAGCAUCCCAAAGACGGCUCCGGAUCUGGCACGGCCCCGCCACCAUCCCGUAGCAUCGCCGAAGCCGUGCGGCAGCGGACGCGCAGCCUCGCUGCUGAGACCCCCCCCGGCCGACCCCAUGGGACGCCAGAACCCGAAGCUGAGCUCUGCAGGGUCAGGGAGGAGUGCUCGAUAUCGAAGGAGCCCUGGGAGCAGGAGGACCCCCCCCAAAGGCUCAGCCGAGGCCGAGAGCGGGGCUGGUCCAGCGAGUGCCCCCUGCCCGCCCCCAGCCCUGUGGGCACCCCAGGGGGACCCCAUUCCCGCAGCCCCGAGGGGCCGAGUGCCCGAGGGGGACGGCCCCAACCCCGCCGCAUGAAUUCGGAGGAGCUGCUGUGGGACGUGGCGGGCAGGGACCGCUCCUUGGCCAGCAUUUUGGUGUCCCCUCCGGUCACCACUGCCACCGUUAUGGGCGAGCUGCUGGCGGCAGGAGACCGCCAGGCGUGGAGGGAGCGGAUCCGGCAGGAUUGGCACCAGGAGCCUCAGGACAGGCAGGGCUUCGAGCCCAUCUCGCCGCCCUCCGGGGCCACCGGCAGCCCCCCCUCGUACGCAGCGUAUUAUGGCAAAGCCGAGGUGCUGGGCAAGGUGAAGGAGCUGCCAGAGGUGGCGGAGGGGAGCUCAGAGGAGGAGGAGGAGUUGGAGCGGGAGCUGGUGGAGAAGAAGCUGCAGCUGGUGGAGAGCCUGAGCCGCAAGCUGGCGGUGCUGCGGGAGGCGCAGCGGGGGCUGCAGGAGGACAUCAGCGCCAACGGGGCGCUGGGCGAGGAGGUGGCCGCCCGCCUGCAGGCGCUGUGCACGCCGGGCGAGUUCGACAAGUACCGCCUCUUCGUGGGGGACCUGGACAAGGUGGUCAACCUGCUGCUGUCCCUGUCGGGCCGCCUGGCGCGGGUGGAGAACGCGCUGAGCGCCCUGGGGCCGCACGCCGCCUCCGAGGACAAGGUGGCCCUGCGGGAGAAGCAGCGGCUGCUGGCGGCGCAGCUGGAGGACGCCAAGGAGCUGCGGGAGCACGUGGGGCGGCGGGAGGAGGCGGUGGGGGCCAUGGUGGCCCGCUACCUGCCCCCCGAGCAGCUGCAGGACUACCGGCACUUCAUCAAGAUGAAGUCGGCGCUGACGGCCGAGCAGCGCGAGCUGGACGAGAAGAUCAAGCUGGGGCAGGAGCAGCUGCGCUGCCUGCGCGAGAGCCUCGGCCAGGCGCCUGCCGGCUGCUAGCCCCGUCCAUCCAUCCAUCCAUCCACCCAUCCAUCCAUCCAUCCAUCCAUCCAUCCAUCCAUCCGUCCGUCCGUCCGUCCAUCCAUCCAUCCAUCCGUCCAUCCAUCCGUCCAUCCAUCCAUCCAUCCGUCCGUCCGUCCGUCUGUCUGUCCAUCCGUCCAUCCAUCUGUCCGUCCAUCCAUCUCGUUUAUUUUUUCACAUAUUUAUUCUCCAGGCCUAUCGAUCGACGCAUGGGACGGGUGUCACCGUGUCCCCCGUCCCGCCGUGGUGCCUUCAACCCCGUGCCUUAAAGGGUUAAGCCCUCUGCCCCCCGUCCAUCCGUUCUGUCCGGUUCCGUGUGUCCGUCUGGUCUGUCCGGAGGCAGAGGAAUGCGGCCUCCUCUUCCUCCCCAUUGUGUUGGGAACAAUGGCCCCGGUCCCUCGGUCCUGUGUCCCCAUUGCCCACGGGGACGCUGAGCGGCGGUGUCACCCGCACCGGAAGGGAAGAACAUGGGGAAAAAAUCCCCCCCCCCAAGGACAAAACGGGGCUCCCGUCCCCAAAUCUGCCUGUGCCAUGGUGACCCCAAACAGCACUUAGCCCCCCUGCCACCGUCUGUCUGUCCCCACCGUCUGUCUGUCCCCACCGUCCGUCUGUCCCCUCUGUCUGUCCCCCAUUUUGCACAGGGGUUCUGCAGGAGGGGGGGACGUGGGGACAUUCUGGGGAGCCAUGCACGGGGUCACUGCUAGGACCAAAGGGUGGUGUCCCCCCGGGGAGGGGACACGGGGACGGCGCCCCCGGGCGCCUGUCACACACUAAAGGAGCAGCAGCUGCUGCACAACUGUC